GCCCAGUCGAACCAUGAAGCUCCUGCUGCUGAGCGUGCUGGUGGCGCUGGCCCGCGGCCAGCUCGACUACGGCGAUGACCUCACGAGGUACCUGCCGCCCAAGAAGACCUACCUGCCGCCCACCAGCGAGUACAGGCCGCCAGCACCCACCAUCGAAGACAAGCAGGUCAUCUACUUCGAGAAGGACCACCUCAUCAACAAGGCCACCGAGCCGGGCGUCUGCGAGGAGAUCUGCGGCAGCGAGCGGCGAGAGGUGAUCACCAAGCCGGGCACGUGCCCGGCCAUACCGCCCGGGCCCAUCAAGGGCGCCUGCAAGGAUGAGUGUAAGUACGACUCGGAGUGCCCACGGUCGCAGCGCUGCUGUGACAACGGCUGCGCGCGCGUCUGCCUGGAGCCCGACCUUCACAAGCGCUGCUCCGACCUGAACUGCAAGGAAGGAGAGGUGUGCGUCGAGUACGCGUUCGUGGACGCCCUGUGCGUGGAUCCGACGCCCAAGCCCGACCUCUGCCCGAAAAUCAUGAACCACUCCGCCCCGAUCGGCGGCUGCGAAGACGUGUGCCUCCACGAUGCCGAGUGCGACGGCGCAGCCAAGUGCUGCAACAACGGCUGCGCCAACAGGUGCCUGAAGCCGCGCAAGAGGGGCUGCGACACCUUCAUGUGCAAGGUGGGCUACAAGUGUACCGAAGAGACGCCCGGCCAGCCGACCUGCGAACGUAUCCCGUGCUCCCAGGACGGCGAGGUGGUCGACAUCGACUGCAACAGCUGCACGUGCAUCCAGGGCUUCCUGCUGUGCUCGCAGGAGGUCUGCCCGCCCACCAAGCCCGGCUUCUGCCCGCGCCUCGUCAAGGGCUACAAGGGCAGCUGCGUGGAGGACUGCUCGUACGACAUGAACUGCCCGGGCGACUACAAGUGCUGCAGCACCGGCUGCGGUGACACCUGCCAGAAGCCGAUCCCCGAGAUCGUGCACCCCUGCAGGACGGUGCGGUUCCGGUGCGGCGACGAGACCCAAUGUGCGGCCACGCGCGGCCUCUGUCGACCGGGUGAGCCGUGCCCGCUGUCGCCGCUCUGCGUUUCCGACGAGGUGCCCUACUGCCAGUCCUGCCCACCCGGCAAGGUGUGCGUGCUGCAGAAGAAGACGUGCCGCGGCGGCGGCAGGUGCCACCGGCAGCCCAUCUGCAUCCAGCUCUACAGCGAUGACACGCUCUUCGAGGAGAACGAGGACGUCGAGAUUGCCAUCAUCGACAAGCAGCACGGCCGGCACUUCGACGCGGAUAUGUUCUAGACCUAGCGGGGGCGCGGGGGGGGGGGGGGGCGCUAGACAUCGCGCUUGACGUCGCUGGUCCGUGGGAUAACCACAUUCCGCAUGCGCUUAUGACGUGGUUCGAGUAUUCCGGAUGUCGGGAUCGAAGGCCAUGUAUCGGACACGUCGGAACACAGAUUAACUUGCUGCAUCGGUAAACCGCACAUUGUCGACUAUUCCCGGGCUGCUGCUGCUCUCGGUGUGAUAUCUGUCAUGCAAUGAUUGUGAAUAUAAACGUCUAAUCGUG